AUGGCUCCGGUGCCGCUGCGUUAUUUCUGCCUGGGCUGCGCGGUGACGUCGGCCGCCUGGUCGCUGCUCCUCUUCCUGUAUUUCUCGGCCACGGCCGAGCCGGGCCUGGGCAGGACCCCCGUGGGCCCGCCCCGUCGGAUCCGGACCCCGGGACGUUCGGCGGAAAUGGGCAUGAUCUUCGACGAGGCGGACCGGGAGCUGCGAGACGCCGGCUACCGUCAACACGCCUUCAACGUGCUGAUCUCCAAGCGCAUCGGUCCUCACCGGCAGCUGCCCGACACCAGGGACCGGAGGUGCGGCGACGAGGCCUACCCGGAGGAGCUCCCGUCCGCCAGCGUGGUCAUCUGCUUCUUCAACGAGGCCAUCUCCGCCCUCACCAGGACCGUUCACAGCGUCUUGGAGCGGACCCCCGCUCGCCUGCUCCGCGAGAUCAUCCUGGUGGACGACCGCAGCGAGCUGGCGGAGCUGAAGGACGAGCUGGACCGCUACGUCAGAGAGCGGCUGCCCGGGAACGUCAAGUUGAUCCGGAACCAAAAGAGGGAAGGGCUCAUUCGAGGACGCAUGAUCGGAGCCGAACGCGCCGACGGCGAGGUUCUGGUCUUCCUAGACAGCCACUGCGAGGUCAACCAGGCGUGGCUGCAGCCCCUGUUGGCGGCCGUGCGCGCCGAUCGCCGGACGGUGGUCUGUCCCGUCAUAGACAUCAUUUCCGCCGACACGCUGGCCUACUCGCCCUCCCCGGUGGUCCGCGGCGGCUUCAACUGGGGGUUGCACUUCAAGUGGGACCCCGUGCCCGCCGACCAGCUGGCCGGACCCCGGGGCGCCGUCGCCCCCAUCAGGUCUCCCACCAUGGCGGGCGGUCUCUUCGCCAUAGACAGAAAGUACUUUGCGGAGCUGGGGACGUACGACGCCGGCAUGGACAUCUGGGGCGGCGAGAACCUGGAGAUCUCCUUCAGGAUUUGGAUGUGCGGCGGGCAGCUGCUGAUCAUCCCGUGUUCCCGCGUGGGUCACAUCUUUCGCAAAAGGCGCCCUUACGGCUCACCGGGGGGCCAAGACACCAUGGCCCGUAAUUCCCUGCGCCUCGCUCACGUCUGGAUGGACGAUUACAAGGAGCGCUUCUUGUCCCUGCGGCCCGAGCUGCGCCGGCGCGACUUUGGCGACGUCGGCGAGCGUUUGGCGCUGAGGGAACGUCUGCGCUGUCGCUCCUUCCGCUGGUACCUGGACAACGUGUACCCCGAAAUGGACAGUAAGCCGCGGGCGCCGGCCUUGCCGGCCGACAAGAAGGCAACGCGACCCCGGGUGCUGUCCCGAGGCCGGCUACGGAACGCGGCCGUCGGGCGGUGUUUGGCGGCGCGGACGCGAGCCGGCCUGAAGGGCGGCGCCGUGGCGCUCGGGCCCUGCGACCCCGCCGACCCCGAACAGGAGUGGACGUACGACGAGGAAGGUCAGCUGAUCCUGGCCGGCCUGCUCUGUCUGGACGUGUCCGAGGUCCGGACUUCGGACCCUCCCAGGCUCAUGAAGUGUCACGGCUCGGGGGGCUCGCAGCAAUGGGACUUGGGGAAGUCGGCGCGCGUCUACCAGGUGUCGGUGGGUCAGUGUCUGUCGGCCGCGCGGACGCCGAGCGAGGAGGGUCACGUGGCGGUGGCCAUAUGCGACGCCUCCGAGCCGCAACGCUGGGAGCUGCUGGAGGGCGGGGCGUGA